AUGGCUUGGGCGGACUCGAAACGGCGCAAAGCGACCUGGCUGGCUUUCGGACUGGUAGCUCUCGCGGCGGCAUCUCGAGCGGCCGAAUACCCUGGUGCUAAGGGCCAAAUUACCUACGGCGAAGAUGCUGCAUCUGCUACUACAUACUCGUCGCCUGAUGCUUCGGCUACCCCUGCAAUCUUGGACGAUAACUCGCGUGAAGCCGAACGCGCGUACAAACAAGCCGUCUCAGCACUUCGCAGCCUCGCAUCCCUACCGACACCCACACCACUCUCAGCCCACUCCCAUACCGGCUCUUCCCUCGACGCACUCAUAGCGCAACUAUUCCCGCAGCGCCUGUCGGAGGGACCAGGACCUGUGGCCAAUGCGAUCCGUAUAGUGAGCAAGCUACGACAGCAAGCUUCGGGAUAUAUCACCCGAACACUCGCGUGGGGCGAGGCGAGACGAGGGAGAGAGAAGGAGAAGGAGGAGAGAAGAGCGGUCAAAGUGCUGGACCUGCUCAGUCACGCUGCGUCGCUUGGACAUAUGGAUGCUUUGUUCACCCUGGCCAAGAUCGGUCUUCUCCCACCGACACACCACUUCCAAGUUGAUCUCCCCCUAGCAUACGACUCCUUCCAUCAACACGCCCUCGCAACCGGCAACGCAACAUCCCAAUUCUACCUCGGCGUCCUCCACAGCGCCGUCCACCACCCAAACGUCACCCACUCCCAAUCCCUCGCCCAGACCUACUACACAUUCGCAGCCAUCUCCGGCAGCAAGUCCGCUCAGAUGGCGCUCGGGUCCAGGUACUGGUCCGGGAUUGGCGUCGCAGAGGACUGCUAUAAGGCUGUGGCGUGGUACGAGGCGGCGGCGGAGCAGAGUUAUGCGAAGUUUCUGAGUGGGCCGCCGGGUGGACGGACGUUGCCGCUUACGAGUGUGCGGAUGAGCGAUCUGCAAGGCGGCGUGUUCGGGCCGGGCGCUAGUGCUGCCAGUACAGGCAUCAGUGGAUUGCGUGCGGUAGUGAAAGCUGCGAGAGCACAGGCGGCAGGCGAGACGUGGGAAGACAUUGUCGAGUACUAUAUGUACAAUGCCGACCGCGGCGAACCCGACUUCCUCUUCCGCCUCGGCAAGAUCUUCUACCAAGGAUCAAUCUACUCCGCACCCGGCGGCAUCGCGUCCGGCGGCGAGGGCGCCAUGCGCGUCCCGCGCGACUUUGGCCGUGCGCGGUACUACUUCGAGAAGCUCGCACGGAGCGUCUGGCCCGUUGACCCGCGCGAUCCUCUCCAGCACCUCAAGCUGCGCAACCCUGAUGACCAGCCCAAGGGCGGCGUCGGUCUGCAGGCGGCUGCGGCUGCGUUUCUUGCGCGUAUGCAUCUGAGAGGAGAAGGUGUGCCGAAGGACGGGAGGAAGGCGCGGAUGUGGGCUGAGAGAGGCGCGGAGUAUGGUGAUAAGGAGUGUCAUAACCUCCUUGGGAUUAUUUGGAGGGACGGAGUGAUUGAUGGGCGCAAGGAUGUUCGCAAGGCGCUUACGCAUUUCCAUACGGCGGCUAGCCAGGAGCUCGCUGAGGCGCAGGUGAACCUUGGGAAACACGCUGCCCAAAAAGGCGACCUCAAGCUCGCAACGAUGUAUUUCGAAUCCGCAAUGCGCCACGGCUCGCCCUUCGAAGCUUACUACCACCUCGCCAUGAUCCACUCCCGCACGCUCAACAGCGUCCAACCAGCCAUGCGCGCCGCAACCUGCUCCAUGGCCACAUCCUUCUUCAAAGUCGCCGCCGAACGGGCGGCAUGGCCCACACCCGACACAGCAGCAUGGGGCCGCGACGACCUCCGUGCAGGCGAGCUCGCAUACGAGCGUGGCGACGUCGAGCUUGCGCUGAUGCACUGGCGCGUCGCAGCUGAACGCGGUGUCGAGGCGGCGCAGAAUAAUGUGGCCUGGGCGCUCGACGCGGAUCGCAGUAUGUUGACGAGAGAGACGACAUCUCUCGACGCCGCCCAAGACGCGCUUAAGAUGUGGACGCGCAGCGCCGCACAGAACAACGUCGACGCGCUCGUCAAAGUCGGCGACUACUACUUCCACGGCCUCGGCAUACCCACCGAAUCAUCCACAUCCACCUCUCCCUCUUCCGCCUCUUCUUCGAGCGCACUCAGCGCAGACGAACGAGCGGCGCGCGCGGCGGCGUAUUAUCAGAGCGCUGCGGACACGCAGUUGAGCGCGCUCGCGAUGUGGAAUCUGGGGUGGAUGUACGAGAACGGCGUGGGCGUGCCGCAGGACUUCCAUCUUGCGAAACGGCAUUACGACGGGGCGCUCGAGACGAAUGCCGAGGCGUACCUCCCCGUCACCAUAUCGCUCGCCAAGCUAUAUGCACGGAGUGCGUGGCAUACGCUGUUAGGCCGCGAGGGCGGCCUUGGGAUAUGGAAGGGCGAGGGCGACGAGGAGAUUGAUGAGGGCGCGAGGAGGGAGAUUGAGGGUGCUAGGGAGAGGGAGAGGGAACGGGAGGAGCAGAGGGAGAGGCAGGAGGCUGAGGAGAGGUAUGGGGAGGGCGAUGAUGAGGGUGGAUGGUAUAUGGGUCGUGCGCGGGACGAGUUCAAUCGUAGACGUCUUGGGUCCGACGCGCGCGAUGAUGACGACGACCCUAUCAAGUGGGCCUACGAGCGCCGGCGUGAAGAACGCGACCGUGAUACCGACUACGGGCCCGAAGACUACUUUGACGGCGCACUGCGUCCGAACCGCGAAGAUUACGCGGACGACGAUGAGGUGUUCGAGACGGCCGUGCUCAUUGGAUUGUGCGUCGUCGUGAGCUUGCUUCUGUAUGUGCGUGGGAGGAUGGUCGAGCGUAUGAGGCGCGAGGAGCGCGAUCGACGGGAUGGAGAGCGGAGGGAGGGCGAUCCGGCGAGGGAGGAGUGGGCUGUACCUAGAUAG